AUGGGGCUCCUCCUCUGCCGUCCGCGCACGACCUCGUGCGACGACUGCGCGCUCCCGCCCGAGCUACUGCAGCACGUUGCGCAGUUCAUACCGACAGCGGCCGACUUGUUCCGCUUCCUCUAUGCGCUGCCGCUCGACGUCCUCACCGAGCCGGUCGCGAGCCUGCUCGAGCUCGGCGGGACCUUCUUUGAGCCCGACGACCUCUGGCCCGCGCUCGCUUUGCCGCCGCACGCCAUCGUGGACCCCGAGGCGCGCGUACUUCUCGCCAAAGCCAUGGCCAUGUACCCGCUCGUGCGUGUGCGUCAUGUGCCACAAGCCGUGAGCUGGCCGCUCCUCCCGACGACGGCUGUCGCGCUCAGCAGCUUUCACAUGAAGCCGGACGCGUUCGACUUGGCGGUGGCCCACUGGCCAGAGCAACUCGUGUCCUUGCAUGUGCUAUUGCUCGAGAAGGCGCAGGCGCAAGACGAAGCGGGCGACGCGACGUGGUGCCACGCCCGCCUCUCGAGCCUCUGCGAUGGCCUUCGGACGCUGCGCCGCCUGCGCCAUUUCCACCUCCGGCACUGUCUCCGUCGGCCCGCGCCCGAGCUCUGGGAUGCGCUAUGUGCCGCAAACGCACUCGAGUCCCUCACGCUGGACGCGGAUGCCGACUCAAUGUGGGACACACGCCCGUUGGCGGCGUGGAUCGCAGCGCGCCCGGGGCUGCGCAGCUUGCACCUCCUCAAUCUCUCGGGUGCCAUCACGACAGACGACGCGACGCGCGAGCUCGCGACGGCCAUCCUCGGCGCACCGCAGCUCCGGUCGCUGCAGCUCGUGCACUGCGCCCUCGUACGAGGCGCCGUCACAACCACGCCCCACCUGCGCAUCUUCUCGCUUGUCGCGGCGCCGACGGCACGGCCAUCGCCGCUUCGGGCCUUUCCAUCGACCGACCGUCUUCGCCACUUGAGUCUCAAGUUUGUACCGCUCUCGCACGAAGCGUGCAAGGACCUUGCGAUGCUCGUACCUUGCCUGUUCACGCUCACGCUCGACGGCAACGAUCUGAACGACGACGACGUCGCGGCGCUCGCACCCGCGUUCGCAAACGCGAUCCAUUUGCGCAAGGUGUAUCUGCGGCACCAACCGUUUGGCGACAAGGGCGCGAUGGUCCUUGCGACGUCGCUCCCAAACUCGCUGCGGGUGGUGUCGCUGGCCAAAAACCAGAUUGGCACGGCCGGCGCCAUCGCCUUCAGUGACCGACUCCACGCAGCCACGACGCACUGGGCCACGCUCGUGCUUCGCACCAACCCAUUGGGCAAGGACGGUGUCUUGGCGCUGGUCACGGCGCUCGCCGUGCGGCCGUUCUGCGCGCUCGACGUUGUGCAUACCGUCGUCGAUGCAGCUGACGUCGACGUCGACGCGUGCAAAGCAACCAUCGCCGCACUGCCCCACGGCACGCAUGUCGACUUUUGGUAG